UUGUCCCCUCCCACUGUUACCCUGGCCGAGUUUAUUCAUUGUCAACGGUUGCUUGGGCAAUACGCCAGCAACGAUAUAACCCACCACGACCCUAUCACCAGAUGUCUCGAGAAGCAACCCUACCAACACCGCACCAAAUUGACUCAAUUCAACUCCACAUGUAUCCUCCACCAAAAAUCGCAGCCUUCUGAGGUCCGUCCAUCUGUCACUGCCAGACUGCCUUUGCAAAUCGUCACUUCGAACACUUCGACCAACUCCUUGCGCAAGGUGCACAACCAUAGUGCAGGGACUUCGACAUUUGGAAUAGUGUCACAGCUGUUGUGCUACUACUGUUCUACCUCUCGUAUCAACCCCAUCAAGCCCUGCUAUCCAGCAUCCGUUGCCCACUAUGCGGUAUAAUCUUAUCCAAAUGAUCCUGCGCAGCGUCGCUCUGCUCAUGACGCUCCUCCUAACGGCUCUCAUCGGCAACGUUAUGGCGUCAAAUAUCGACGCCGCAGGCUCUGCAACGGCUGCCGUCAACUUUAUCAUGUUUAUUGCAAUUGUCUGCUGGAUCGUUUGCAUUGUCGGCCUUCUCGCUUUCUUUGUUUCAGCUCUCGACAAACCACUUCUGCAACUACCUUUGGAUGGCAUAGCUGUUCUUUUCACCUUCAUCGGUGCUAUCGUUCUUGCAGCCAAGCUGCGUGUCGUCAACUGCGGAGAUAUUAACCCCAAAGCUCUGCCUGGGGACUGGAUCGCCUGGGGCUCAGCGAGUGAUGAGGGACGGUGCCGUCGACUACAAGCAAGCACUGUCUUCAUAUGGUUUCUGUUUGCCUGCGUGUCUGGAAGUCUCUUCUUAACCAUCCGAACUGCACGCAAUCAGUUCGGCUCGCUCCGCAGUGCCGCUUCAAGGCCAUCAAUGUCUCAGAUUUCUUCAAGCGUCUGAUAAGCCAUAAGAGCAUCAAAGGACCAUAAUAUAGCGUCUCAGCUGCGUAAAGGGGGCCCGGUCAUGAUAACACUGGUCGUUUGCUAAAAACCCAUCAACGCA